AUGGAGAGUAGUAAUCCAAAUGAAGAUGAUUCCAACAAAGACAAUACGAACAUACAAUUAAAACUUGCAAAAAUCAAAUUACAACAAACAGACAAAGAUAUACUAUUAAAACAAACACAAAUACAACUUGAAGAAAUACGAAAUAAACGAAUAGAAAAUCAAAUACGAUUACGAGAAAUUGAUGCUUCACAAUUCAAACGACCACAAGUUGUACAAGGUAGAAGACAAUCCAGAAAAAGAUCACGAUAUCUUAGAACAGAAUGGCCAACAACGAGAAGAAAAACAGACAAUAAAGGAUUUUCAUCAUCGACUAAUCAAAGUACAACUUCGAUAAACAGUCAAUCUACAGCUACAAGUUCGACAAGCAGUCAAUUUACAUCUACAAUUUCGACACGAAAUAAAUCUACAGCUACAACUGCUCAGUCAAUGCUUUCGUCAAGUGAACACAAACAAGGUGGUAUUAAAGAUAAUAAUGGUAAAUUUUAUUGGCAGGAAAUGGCUGGAAAUUUGGAUAAAUUCGACAUUCAGUCAUUAUUAAAUCGUAGUGAUUGUUCAUUAAAUGAUGAUUAUUAUAAUGAUAAUAUUGAAGAAUGUAUUAAAAUUUAUUUAGAAGAUAUUACAAAAUGUAUUAAAAAUCAUUAUGGAAAUUUUGUAUUAUUUCAUGAAAUAUCAGAAAAAAUAUUACAAAUAGGAUUUGAUAAUUUAAUGUCUACGUUAUUGACAAAAUUCAACAAUUUCACAUCAUUGAAAUAUUUAAAUACAUGUAAUAAACAUUUUUUAGAUGGUGAUAGUCCUGAUUGCAGUUUUGUAUACAAAAAUGUUUCAAUUCAUGAUGACAGUAUUAAAAAAGUCUUACUUAAUUUUCUUGUUUGUUUUGGUGAAUUAAAAGUACCAAAAAAGGGUGAUAUUAAAGAAAAAAUAAUUGGACAAAUAGGAAGAUAUUUAGAGAAUCUAAAUUUUAUGCAAGGUUCGACAAGAUGUUAUGCUUUUUUAUAUGAUUUUUAUACAAUAACAUUUUUUUAUUGUGAUAAAAUAUCGGAUAAAGACGAUUUGAUAUAUUAUCAAAGUGAAAGAUUACAAUUGAUUGAAUUUGAAGAUGAAAAACGAUCAAAUUUCGAUGCAAUAAAAAUCGGUGAAAUAUCAAAAGAAAUUUAUUUUAAUAAACAAAAUUGGAAAAUAUUUAUUAAAUUUUUAACUAUGAAAUGGCAAUUUUACGAAUAUAAUGUUUUAAAUAUACGUCCAGAUGAUGAUUUACUUGGUCAAGAUUAUGAAAUAACAGAAAGAUUAGGUAGCGGUGCAACUUCAAUUGUUUAUUUGUUAAAAGUGCAAGAAGAAAAAAAGGAAAAUAAAAAUUUAUUAUUAGAUUAUGUAAUGAAAAUUUCACGAAAAACAACAUAUUCAACUAAUUUUAAACAUGAAAUGAAAAUAAUAAAGGAAUUGGAAAAAAUACAAACUGUUGACUCACCUCAUGUUCCAUAUAUUGCACAGAAAUUCAGUAGAGAAAGAUUUUUGAUAUUUACGGAAGAAUUGGAAUCUGUUAAAACAUUAACAGAAGCUCAAUCAAUACAACUUGUUGAUAUCGUUAAAUUUUUAUAUGAAAAUAAUAUAAUUCAUCGUGAUAUUCGUCCACCAAAUGUGAUGAUUACGAAUGAUAUAAAGAUUAAGAUUAAUAAGUUAAGAUUAAUUGAUUUUGGUUUUGCCUACAAAUUCAAGAAGAAUGAAAAGACAAAAUGGUUACCAAUAGAAGGUGCAACAACAUUUGCUGGUAUCGAUUUCAUAAAAAAAUAUUACGACAAUUUGAGACGGAAUUCGGCUGGACAUUUAUAUUAUGAUUAUGAACGAAAUUUCGACUUAUAUUGUAUUAGUAACAAUUUUCUUGUUGAUGAUGAUACUCAUUUCUAUUCAAAUUCAUCAUCAUUUGCUAUUAACUUAAAUUCUAAUGAAAUUUCAUCAGUAACAUCACUCGACUAUUUUCAAAUAGAUCUAGUAGGAAAUGAAUCAAUUUAUCAACUUGAUUUACUUAUUGAUCGAAUUUGA